UUUCCUUUUGAUGUUGUGGGUUUUUUUCUUACUCCUAGUGAGGAAUUCACACAAUAUACUUGCAGAAGCUUAGAUUUGAAAGGAGAAGACAUGCCAAACCACAGGUCUUUAGGAACUGAUAAUAUGGCUUAAUAUAUUCUAAAAUAUAAUUUCUGAGUUCUUUUGUUAGUUCGUGGCUUCAAAUGCACGGUUUACAUGGUGUGUGUGCGUGUUGUCCGCCCUCGGUGAGUAGUGAUGGCUAAUAUGAUUAGACUUUAAAAGUGAAAUCUGGUUUUAAUUGUUGCCUGGCUGGGCACUGAAUGCAGUCAACAGACUCAAUGCAAUACAUACGUGGUAAUUUAAGUGGAAACAGAUCCGAGACCGUAUUAGCGUCAUUCAUAAGUUAUUUUCUUGAGGCGGCUUCUGGGAUCAAAAUCCAUGUUGCUGUAUAAUGCGGGGUCUUAUAUUAUUUAACUUUUUGAUCUCUCCCAACAAAAUUUUUAUCUGGUUCAAGCAGCAUAAUCCAUUAAUCUGAGGUGUCAUUACUAGAAGAUGACCCGAUUGAAUUAAGUGCCCCAUGAAAAGGUCUGUAGUUAGUUUCAAUAAGUGAAGUUGUAACAUCUUGGCAUUUGGUGUUAAGAACAAAUCAAUUUAUUUUUUUCCAAAAGUAAAAACAAAUUAAUUUCUGUUGUGAUGAAAGUAAUCGGUGGAUGUUAUUUUAAUCAAACCAACCAUUUAAUCUAAUUAAAUAAUAACACGUGCUAAUGAGUGAAUCAGUAAUUUCUUCUUCUUAUUAUUUUAUUUAUUGACAUUUUAGAUGGUAAACUUGGUGAAAAUGAAUAUGAACGUUAGUGAAAGAAUAUCCCCAAACUCCCCAAAGAAACUUGAGAUAUAAAAAAAAAAAAAAAAUCAGUAGUGGAAGAAAGUGCUCCGAACCUUCCUCCGCGAGUCAGCCUUGUCUUUUGAACAGGCUUGCAGAAAGAUGAAGCCUAAUUCACAUGCACAACUUGUACACUUUUGUCCCCAUCUUCCCCACUCAUUCUUUCCUCCAACAGUAAAUAAGAAACAAACUGUUCAUUAAUUAACACAAUUGGUCGGUGGCCAUCUUCAAGAACUAAAAACUAAAAUUUGAAAACAUUGAAGAAAUUAAGAGAUGAAAGACAAAGACAAGCUGUGUCUCAAUAAUGACGAAGAGGACUCCGACUCACCGCCGUAUUGUUGGUGGAGGUCGGCGGCCAAAUUUGAGGAAUGCGCAGUGUUGAAGUUGGAGAUGCCAAAGAACCUGUCCAAGAUCACACCAAGACUCAAAGUUCUAAGAGAACUGGAGAGAUUGGCCUUAAUUGCCCCGGAAGGUCUCGACGAACUCAGACACAAACUCUUCUCGUAUCGUUCCGGGGAUCUCUGGGUACCCACUGGAGGUAUCAAGAAGGAAGAGAUGGACAUUUCUCCUGUGAACACCAUUCUCUUGGUUGGUUUCCAUAAUUCUGGCAAGAGCUCACUUGUCAACCUUAUGUACAGCGUUUUGGGACGCUCUGGACUCAUACCAUUCGCCCAAACCUCUUCAGGUAGUGCUUCUAAUUAUACGACUUUGUUUAUGGAGGAACACAAUGUAUUGAGGUCAAUGCGUAGUGGGUUCUGCAUAUAUGACACGAGGGGCUUUGAUUAUGAUCGGGUGAGCGAGUGUCUCGAAGAAUUGUCGGAGUGGAUGAGUGAGGGAGUUCACCAUAACCAGCUCUGCUUGAGGUCAGGGGACAAUGUUGAGAUUCCUCUGCUGAGAUGUUAUUCAAAGUUCACAAACCGGAGAGUGAACUCUGUUAUGGUGGUGGCUAAUGUUGCAGAGAUCUAUAAAGCUUUCAAAGCCGGUGAUAAGAAGCCGUUGGAGGCCGUUGGACACCUCUUCUGCUCACCAUCGCUAAGGAUAUCCAAUGAGAACCCUAUCUUGAUAUUGACACACGGUGACAAGUUAUCAACCGAAGACAGAAUCGAUAGCAGGCUGAAAAUUUGUGAACACGUAGGUGUAUCGGAAACCACGGGAGUGUAUGACAUUGUUUGUGUGACGGAGUAUGGAUUUGUUGCGGAUGAGUUUGAUCCCGUUACAGCUUACGCCCUGACUGAAGCAGUUUACAGGGCAUUGCUCAUCUCAGACAGGGGCCAACUUCCUAAGAGAAACUACCAGGACUGGACAAUGCUAUUGUUGUCAUGGCUUAUGUGUUCCAUUGGUGUUUUCUUUGCUUUUCUUGCUCAAGUUUUCUCCAAACUGGGCGGCCAAAGGGAUAAAUUCAAAUUGCAAAGCUGAUAUUUGUGGAGAUUAAUAAUACGUGGUAUUUGUAAUAGUGUACAUUAGUGAUUAUUUGCCACUACUCUCUAAUGUUUCAUUUUCAGAUUGUAUGAGGAGAUUGGGAUUUGCUAAUCAUCUAGACUUUUGAUGUCCCACUCCUCUCUAAUGUAGCUACAGACCAUAUAUAUAUGGAAUCUA